AAAGUGAUGGGAUUCAUGGGAAGAGAAGACGCAGUGUAAAAAUUGUUGACGCGAUUCACCGGAUUUUUUAAAGAAAAAAGGACAGAAAAAAAGCCGCUGGAAGUGUUUGAUAAAGACGUGUUUUAUAACUUAGAUUAGUUUUAAAAUAUUUCCGACGAAACAAUGGAAACGACGGAGGAAAAUGAGCAUGGUCAUCUUAACGAAAUAUUAACCACCGAUGAAUUGUCGCAAAUUCCCAACUCUUCCCUCAAAAAGUUACAAUCAUAUUUCAACGAUAAAUUUGAGGAAUAUCUAACAGCCAAAGCAAUUUUUGAAACAAGUCGUCAAAAUCUUGAAAAAAAUUUAGAUACUGUACAAAAGGAACAUGAAGAUCAGAAGUUGGAUCUCGAAGAAUGUAAGGGAAAAUUAUGUUUAGCUGAAGAGUAUGCUAAUGAAUUAAAAACAAAUUUAGAUGAAACUAAAGCGGAAAUUCACAAACUUCAAGAAUCUGUCAAAAGGUUAGAGAAGGAGAAUUUCGAACUUAGAAAACAAAGGGAUUCAGCUUGCGAUGAAAGAGAUGGAUUACAAAUGCAAGUUGAGCGUCGCGACAGCGAUUUGGAACGAUUGCGAAUUGAAGUCAAUUCCCUUGGCUCCCAAUUGCAAGCUGCAGUUACUGCCAAGUGUCAAGCACUUUCGCAAAUGGAGGAAAUUCGCAGUCUUGAAAUGACUCUAGAUUUCAAAGAAAAACGUAUAGAACAAGAGCGAACGCUACUCAGUCAACAAAUGGCCGGUUUAGAAGAAGAAUUAUCGAAGAGAACUGCUGAAUUACAGACUACAAGAUCUGAAGCUUCAUCGCGAUCGCUAUUAAUUGAUACACGCUUGAGUCAACGCGAGGAAGAAUUGAGUCUUGCUAUAAAAAGUACAAAUCAACUUCGCGAGGCUCAGUCUACACUUCAAGCUCGUUGCGACGAAUUAGCUCAAAAAUUGGAAGAACAACGAAAUCACGAAUUGUCGAUGCACUCUUCAUAUCGCGAGGAAGUUGCCGCCCAGACCCGAUUAACCGAACUCUACAAAUCAAUGGCCGACGAUACGAAUGCGAAAGCUGAAGAAUACACCAAUGCCGUGAAAGAAUUGCAAGAAUUGAUUGAAAAUGCCACUGAACAAUACGGAACACUCGAAUCGAAACACAAUCAACUAUUACAGGAACGCGAGGAGGAGAAUGCAGAGAAGGACAAAAGAAUCGUGGAUCUUAAGACCGAAUUGGCACACGCUAACGAAUUGCUCACAAGUCUAAGACAAGAAAGAUUGGAUCAAGCUGUCGAACAGUUGGCUCCCACUGCAGCAAUUACCAGCAGAGUUCUCAGAAAAGGUUUGAGUUUGACUCAAAUUUACACCCAAUUGGUUGAAGUGACCAACGAAUUGGCGACGGCACGCGAAGAAAAUGAGAGAAUGAAAAUCCACAUGGACGAUAUUCUUCACGAGAUCGAAGAGAAAACACCAAUUCUACAACAACAACGGGAAGAUUACGAAUCGGCGCUCGAUAAUGUUAAUACACUUUCGUCCCGUCUCGAAGAAUUACUCCACGAGAAUAACAGAUUACAAGAGCAAACCGAAGAAGCGAAUAAAAUCGCCAACAUUCACACGAGAGAGAAUCAAACACUAAAAACUCAAAUGUCAGAUCUCGCCCGACAAGUGUGUUUCCUUUUGAAGGAAAUUCAAGAACUUCGCACCGGACACGUGAUGCAUUCAAACGACAUCUCCAUGGAUAGUGACGAUCUCACGUCCUCACAAAUAAUCAGCAAGAAACUUGUCACAUUCCGUGAUAUUGAGGAACUUCAACAGAAUAAUCAGAAACUUUUAACAAUCGUCAAAACCUUAUCGGCCCGACAAGAGGAAUUCGAACGUGUCGCGAGUGAAUCCACCUGCGAGGAAAUGAAGGAGAAACUUGACAAGUACAUUGAGCAAUUUGAGGAAAUGAAAGCCUCACAAGAUAGACAAGCGAAAAUGUUCGACGGUUUAGUUAAACAACGCGAUAUGUACAAAAAUAUGUAUCAACAGGGUCUCAUGCAAGCGGCCUCGCGAGGCUACACCAACUCGAAUAAUCAGGACAAAGAGAAUGAAACAACAAAUGAGAAACCUGUCGAAACAAAAACCGAUGAGAAUUCUCAAACACAGAAAGACGAGGAGAAGGAGAAGGAGUGGGAGAGAAAAUUAUCCGACGCCGAGACACGAUUGAAGCAAAUAACUGACGAUUUUGAAACAUACAAAAAGGAGAAAGCCGCACACGAAAAAAUGCUAGGCGAGGAAAUUGACAGACUGAGAAAAGAAUCCGAAAGCAGUUCAACAAAGUGCUGUCGUCUAAAAGCACAACUCGACUCGUCAAACGAACGUUUCCAUCUUCUACAGGCGAAUGUAGUCUCCUAUAAGGAGCAAAUCAAGAUUCUUGAGGAGAAAUGCAACACCUAUAAUACAACAAUCGGAAAACACGAGCAGAGCAUUAUGAUCUUGAAGGACGAGACUUUGUCCGCCCAGUCGAAACUCUCCAGAGCGGAGGUACAAUUGGAAAAUUUGCGACAGGAGAGACAGAUUUUGAAGGAUUCGGAAAAUCGAUUACUGAAAGAACGCGAGGUUCUUCACCGUGAGAGACAGACCCAAGCUCUACUGAAGGCGGACGUCGAGUCGAUAAAAGCAAGUCUCGAACGUUCACAAGUCGAAGGUCAACUUCGUGCCGAGCAGAGAUUAGACGAUGUCACCAGGGAAUGCGCAGCUCUUCGUAGACGUCUCCAGGAGGAACAGGACCGAUUCAGAGAACUCACGUCCCAUCUCGAGAAGAGGGUCAACAAUGCCGAGGAUCGUCUCGCCGAGGAACGAAACCUGGCCGAAAGAGUGAAAUCCGAAUUGGAUCAGGCACGAAUCACAGAGAGUGACAAUUUGAAGCGUAUCGAUGAAUUAACCGACAAAGCUCGACAACUCGCCGUUGAUUCACUCUCGAAACCAAUUUCCGGUCACGACAAUAUGAACAAGAGAAUCAAGGAAUUGGAAUCCCAACUCACCAGCAGUCAAGCCGAGACGAAAUCACUCACGGAGCAAUUAAAAUCUUCUCGCAAUCAAAGUCAACAAUAUUGCGAUAUUGCUGAGAGUUCAGAGACGCAACUUCGUGAAAUUACUGCUCAACAUGAUCGCGAGAAGGAAGAAAUGGAAAAUUUGUUGAAGGAGUCAAGAAACGAAUUGAGUAAUCUCGAGAAUAGAUUACGUGUCCUACAGGAGGAAUUAUCGAAAAUUUCGACCGGUAGUCAGGAAACUGAUUUUGAUUUAAGGGAGAAACUCGCUGCUGCUGAGAAGAAAUUAGAGGAACUCGACGAGGUGAAGGGAGAACUCGAACUCGUGAAAUCCGAUCUACAAAGUGCAACAGUUGCUGCUAAAGAAGCUGAAGAGAAAUACGUUCGAGAAAUGUGCUUACACUCGGCAGAUUUACAGUGCUUGGCGAAAUUGAAGGAAGAAUCGCAGGAUGUUACGGGAAGAAUGGCCACACUCACCCAGGAGAGAAAUUCAGCAAUCGAGGCAUUGGAAUUGGAAAAAUCCACCUGGAAGGAGAGGGAACAGAGAGUUAUCGACGAAAUGAAACAAGUUCAGAAACAAGUCGAGGAUCUUAAUUCACAGAAUGCUAUUUUACAUAGUCAAAUCCAGGAGUUGAGUGAUCGAGCAGCAGUGAUGCAGAGCCAACAGACGAAAUUCGGCGGAAAUGAAAGCGCUGACACGAGUUUGGAUUUGAACCGCAGUUUCGGAAAUAUUGAGGAAGAUUCGAAAUCUCAUGAACAAUUGAUCCAGUUGAUUAAAUUGAUGCAGAAGGAAAAAGCACUAAAUGCGGCGAGAUACGACGUUUUGAAAGCAGAGACUAUAACUCUUAAGUCUCAGGCUGAAGUGGCAGAGAGAAGAUUGAAGGAAACUGAGGCUCUGCUCAAUUCGGAGCGAGAGAAAUUGGAAAUCGACGUUGUGACAGCCACGAAGCAUGCCAAUUUGUUGAGAAAGGUCGAGACGCUAAAUGCGAUCACGGAUUCGAAUCGAGUAUUGAGGGAGGAAAGAGAUAUUUUAAGUACGAAAGUCACGGAACUUACGGUCCAAGUCACGGCCCUUUCGGAAGAAGUCGUGCCAUUGAGAGAAAAGGCUCGCGACUUGGAAGGAAAGACCGAAAAUCUCCUGCAAGAAAACGUGAGUCUCAAGGGAGAAGCGACCCGCUGGAGGCAGAGAGCCAACACCCUGGUCGAGAGAGCAAACAAAGCAAGUCCCGAGGACUGGCGUCGACUCCAAACCGAACGCGAAAAUCUCAGCAAACUAUUAACCUCCGAACGGGAAAUCCACGCCAAGAUGUCUGACGAAUUCACCGCUCUUAAGUUGAAAAAAUCCAAACUCGACGAACAGAUCGAACUACUACAAAAGCAGGUUCAACUCCAAGGCGAACAACUCACCAAGACCACCGAAGACGUACGCAGACUGAGCCAACAAUUGACAGAAACAAUCACAGAAUCCUCCAACAGAGAAAAGGAAUUAGUCACCCUCAGAAAAGAACUCGCCGACAAGGAGGCCGCAUUGAACGAACUCAGAAACAAGGAAUUACAGAUUCGCAAACUCGCCCGAAAAUACAAGGCGCAAUACGAAGAAUUACUCAAGACAAAUCAAGAAGAAAAGGCCAAAGCCGAAGAGCAACGAAUCGCAAGUACCAACGCCGCCAACGAGGAGAUGCAAGUCCGCGAACGGGACAAUCAACUAAUUCAAGAACAACGAGAACGCAUCGAUCAGCUAACAUCCCAGAUCGAAGAAUUGACCCGUCAGUCCACGGCCUAUCAGAGCGAAUCCGAAAAUCUAAAGAAAGAAAUCGACGUCAUCAAUCGCAGCGUCUCCGAGAAGGAAGAACGCGCCAAAUUGGUCCUCAAGAACGCAAGAACAAAAAUCAUGCAACUUUCCGAAUUCAAAAAGAACUACGAGAAGGAAAUCGGCGAACUCAAGUCCCGAGUCGAUUCCGUAUCGAACGACAAUAACACCGCCGCCGAACUUGACGCUCGGCUAAAUACAAUGCGCCUCCAGCACGAAUCAAGAAUAUCCCGCCUGGAGCACGAGAAAUCGGAGAUUAUCGCCGAAAAAGAAGCCCUGGAGAAGAAGAUUACUCUCCUCCAGAGACAAUUGACGAGCGGAGUGAGUGGAGCGAGUGCGACGACAGAACCACCCACCGCGAACAUCAAACCAAUGUCGGCAAGAGCGGAGACUCCCUUCGCGAGUAUUCGCCCCAUGAGUGUUGUGGUCCAGUCCCGAACUGCCGCCGUUCUGCCAACAACUGCCUCGGCGCCCGUUCUCGUCGCACCCCAACAACAGCAGCAACAGCCCCAACAGCAAGCUGUCCACACGACCGAGACAAGUUCACCGACCAGCAGCCACACGGACUAUCAACCGGCGAGCACCAGCUCGUCAUCACAAUCGGCUCCGAGCAGUCUCAGGCAGCUCGCCGUUCAGCCCCAAUUGAGUGGUUCGGCCGAAUCGACCCAGAGAGAGGAACCAGAGAGUCUCGAGAUCAUGACAGUUCAGCAGCAGCAGUGUCAACAGCAGCAGCAGCAACAACAACAGCAAACUGUCGCUCUCGUCAGUCCUAGAGUCGAGCAACAGCAGAUCACAGUCACCAUUGAGCAGCAACAGUCGGUCGCGAGCAGUUCCACCCAAUCGGUGAGCACCUCUCAAGGUUCGACCGGUCACAAGAGACCGAGAAAUUUAGAUUCGUCUGCAUCGGGUUCGGGUGUUGUCGAGGGCGUUUCGGAUCAUCGUCAGGAGCAGAAUUCAAGUCCAAAGGCGAAGAGAAGUCGACAGCAGGAGGUGACGCCUUCGGGUACUGCCAGCGCUUCUGAAAUUGAAUAUCAAGUGCCUACAUCAAGCCAGAGGGAUCAAGAUGAGGAAGGCGAGGACGGAUGUGUCGUCGUUGUGGAUUGCGACGAAGGUGAGGGAGCUGGAAAUCAUCAGGCGCAGGAGGAGGAGGAAUUUGAGAAUGAUCCUUAUGAGGAAAUGGAGGAGGAGGAGGAAUUGCCGUACGGCGUUGAGGUUGAGGGAGAGGGUGAUAAUAAUGAAGUGGAGAUUAUAAUGGAGGAGGAUGCAGCUGGUGUGGAAGUUCCCAGACAAGUGCAACCAACAAUUGCUGCGAGUCAACAGCAACAGCAGUCGGAAGCCAUUAGUUCGGCUGGUCCCUCCGGUGAACCGCCUUCAUUUGCCCGUUCGGCGAGGGGCAUUGCUCCGAUGCCGAGACAACAGCAACAGCAGCAUCUUCUUCUUCCUCAACAGGGUUACGAGGAUGGGGGUGAUGAUUGCAUUGUUCCGAGUACACCGACACUGUUUGUUCCACGAAGAGGUGAUGGCUUCGGUGAAGCUGUCAGUUCGCCGCAAGUUCCCCAGGGACGAUUCACGUUCGGUGAUCCUUCAGCGCCAGCGACAGCUUCUUCAACGCCAUCGUUGACGACGUCCUCUGGCACUGCUGCCCGAACGAUUUUUGGUUCAUCUGCUCCUGGUGUAGCGCAAGUUGUUCAAGAGGGUAUGGAUGACACGAGAAUGGAUCUUACUCAAUUGGAAGAUGGCGGAACUGGAAGAAGUGUUCCUACUACGCCACUGCAGGUUUCUCCGGCUGCUGAUAUGCCUCCUUCGACGAGUAGUGAACCAUCAGAAGAGCAAGAAACACCCAUGUCGAUGAUUUUGGAAAGAACACCAGCGGCUGUCGAUAGCAACGAAGAUUCUACAAUUCCAAGUAUUCGUCUAGUUACCGAAGAACAAGAUCGUACUCAACCGGAAAUAGUUGCAGAUUCUGACAAUGUGGCACCAAUGGAAAAUGUCGGCUCCGAAGCUGAGAAACAAACUGAAGAAGCCGGCGCCUCUGGCUCUGGAGUUGGCGAUGAUGAUAAUGUAGAUACAGGAGUUGACGCUUCAGAAGAAUCUGGAUUAGAAAUAGUUGAAGACGAUUCGAAAGAAGAAAAUCGUGAAGCUGAAGCAUCACCUUCGGUGAACACUCGACAAAGAGCGUUGGCAGCAGCCACAGCAUUAGCUGCAGCAGCUUUACCCUCAAGAGGAGGAGGCACUGCAAGAAGAGCGGCAAGAACGCCAUUCCGAGCGAAUCGUGGCUCAAGACCAACUCCCAUCGUCUGGGACAACAGUCAGUCGAACAGGGGACAAAAUUCAGGGCCAGGCAUGAUGCGUGGUCACUUACCACGAGGCGCCAGCGACGGAACUACAGUAAGAGGAAGAGGAGCUAGGGGAAGGCGUAUGCGUGCAAAAUAUCCUUAUAGUUACAGUUAAA